CAAUAUUCAUAUUUAAAAAAAAAAAGUCAUGUCAAGCUCUCUUUCCCUCCUUCGCUCUAGGAAACCGCCGCCUCCGCCGCCACCUCAACCAAGAAGGCUUCAAAUCUCCACCAGGCGGAGAACCUGUCAUGGACACGGGUGAUUGGAGAAUUCAAUUGCGGCCUGACUCACGGAAAAGAAUAGAAGACAAAAUAAUGGAGACAUUAAAGAGGCAUCUUUUGUUUUCUGGUCAGGAGGGAUUACAAGAACUUAAGAAAUUUGCCAUACGUUUUGAGGAAAAGAUUCAUACUACCGCCACCAAUCAGUAUGAUUAUCUGCGUAAAAUAUCUCUGGAGAUGCUUUCAAUGGAGAUCAGGUCUCAAAACACCAUGCCCACUGCCCCCAUGGAUCCAGCAGCAUCCCAUAGUAUGCCCCCUGAAGUUCAGAAUCAAGGGCUGUUUCUCCCUAUCCUAUUGUCCACUGAUCAGUCUCAAGCACGUCAGCAGUUGGUAUCACAUAACAUGCAGAAUUGCAUGGCAUGUAAUGGAGUUCAGAGUUAUGCUGGUUUACAAGCGGCACUGCCUCCUGUCUCUGGUGUAACCCAGACUAUCCCCAACACUGUUGUCCAGAAUCCUAACAUGCAGAGUAUCCCUGGUGUUUCACAGAACUCAGUGGGGAAUUCAAUGGGACAAGGGAUUCCCUCCACUAUGUUUGCCAAUUCUCAGAGACAAAUGCCAGCAUCCCUAGAUUCUACAGCACAGACUGGACAUGCAAAAGGCAUUGAUUGGCAAGAGGAGUUCUAUCAGAAGGAAUGGCUUAGAGUGCAUGGAGAUCAUGUUAAAAGUGAAGCUGUAGAGAAGGCAAUCACUCAAAUUAUGAUGGGUGAAGAAGCAGAGGAAAUUAGUAGCAGAGCAAAGAAACGGCCAGGAAGGCUGUUGAAGAAGGUGGAUCUUCUUGCUCCGAUUUCAAUGCUUUGAUUGAAUAACUGAGGAAUGACAAGUCCAGCUUAUAUAUUUAGCCGAAAUAACUAAUCAAAUAGAAAGGCUGAGCUUAGAGACAGUACACUAUAAAUUACCAAUAGCUAGACAAAACAAUCAUCACAAACGAGGAACGGCCGUCUCCCCAGUAACAAAUUCACCUUCUGAAGUUGGAGAACUUGCGAAAACUAGCCACCAUAAAAUAUCUAUGCAGUUUUCGAUGAAGAACAACCACCUGUGUCGCCAAUAUGGAUUGAUGUAGAGAACUGCUGCAAUUGUCAUCACCACAACUGUGUAACAUACACCAAAACUGAUGUAGAAAAACUCCAUAUCUAUAAAACCAUCAUCUCCUUGUUCAUCAUUAGGCACUGGCUGUGACGGCACUGCUUCCUCACUACAAUUGUUUCGCAAUGGAGGUCCACACAAGAAAGGAUUUCCUUCGUAACAGUUUUCAUCAUCGAAGGUCCCAAACUGAUAUUUUCUCUCGGGUGUCCUACCUGACAAGUUAUUAUGCGCCACACUAAAAACUUCCAGUGUGAUAAUUUCAGUAAGUUGUGGAGGGAUGACACCAUUCAAGUUGUUGUAAGAAAGAUCCAAACUCUCAAUAUGCUUUAGGUUUGAGAAUGUUGCAGGGAUAGAUCCAUUGAGAUUGUUGUGUGAUAAGUUUAAUGACAAUAUCUUACUUAAGUUUCCAAAUUCUGAUGGGAUUGCUCCUAUGAAGUUGUUAUUGGAGAGAUCAAUACCAGACAUGUAGCUGAGAACUUUCCCCUUGUAUCCAUAAUACAUAUUUUUAGUUGUAAA